UUGUUUAAAAAAGUGUAGUCUACACAUAUGCAUUGUUUGGAGAGAAAAAAAAAACACAUUAUUUUAAUGUUACAUAUACGCUACUAAAUACACCUAUGUUUUAAAAAUAAAUCUGGUUUAACAAUUCUGAUAAUUGGGGCUCACCAGAUUGUUUUGCGCUUAGUUAAGAGUUUAAAGUUGCGGGUUUCUGUUGUGAGUUGUGAUUUGGAUGCUGUGUUACUCGAAGUAUGCUACAGGAAAUCACGAGAUUCCAAACCGCCGAGGAUAGGACAUUUUAUUUGCUCCGUGCUUCAUUGGUGUUUCAUAUAUGAUACCGUCAAAUAUAGCUGAAACGGGCAUGUUUGUGUGUUCAUUUUUUCAUGCAUGUUUAAGGACCGUCUCGUCCCGCAAAUUCUGAUUAAAUAGGCACGGGGUUUGUAUAAAUCGAGCAGUACUGCCUAUCAAAUUGAUAGAACAUGCAUUGUGUGUGAGUGUGCGCUUGAAAUGCAAGCUAACAUGAGUAAAACAUCGAGACAUAUAGUAUUUAAAAGGGUUGUUUCACGUGUCCAUGGUGGAUGUAUUCAUACAUUCCCUGUGAAAUGCGUAAUAUUUGCAAUGCAUUCCUUAGUUAGAGAUUAGGCUAUAGGAGAAACCAUUUUUAUGCAGUAAACAUGUAUUUUGGGAGUAGUAUUUUGUACUGUGCAAUUUAGAAUGUGAGUAAGAUUGUUUAUUAUGUAAUUAUUAAACGCAUGUGAUUUUAUGUGACUAUUUAUGAAACUGUUAAUAUAUAUGAAAAGAAGAACCUGCUUGCAACAUUCGUAUGUACAACACAAUGUGCUUUGCAAUGUUUUGGAAAAAAGCAACACUAUUUCCGUUAUAUUAUAUAACAAGUUUGGUUGUGGAAUUAAUACAUACAUACAAUAAUUAAAAUACAAUAAAUGAUUGUCAUUCUUUAAUUAUCCCCCUGUACAGCAGCAGUAGAUGGUUUUAAAGGACAUCUUCAAGAUCUAUAUUUUUGCUGAAGGAAUUUUGGAAAGGAAUGACUGGAGCUGAUAAUUUAACAUCGUCAUUAACUGUAAAAAAAAAACAAAAAAAAAAAAAAAAAAAACGCAAGGACUCCUGUACCUUUAAACUAGGGAUAUGAAAGGGUUAAUAAAGAAAAGCUUUCAAAAUGGCUAUGUACAUCCGUAGAUAUAAAUAUACGCUAUACAAUUCAAUAUGUUUCUUUCUGCAGAACAAGUCUCGACAAACAAACAGGUGUAUGCAUUCAUGCGGGAUGAUUAGUGAUUCUUAAUUUACAUACUGAAAAAACGAACCGGUUUAGAACAGCAAUGUGUCACAGGAGAGGAAGUAACAAAUAAACACCAAAUCAUGAUGCUCUGAAAUCCCCUUCCCAGAACAGUCAGUAAUAUAAAGCGAGGAUAACAGGCAUACUGCACAGGGGUCUGGAAAGCAUUGUUCUUGGUAAGUUAUUUUGUUUGAAAACUUAAUAGAGAUUGAGACAGCGCAUUGUUCUUCAGAACAAAAAAGAGGGGCUUAUUUUCUGUAAACCAACCAAGAUGGGAUUAUUUUACUAAAGUUGUCAAUAAAUGACAAGCUGUAAUCAGCUAAAAUAAUACACAAAAUAGAAAGACUGUAAUGCAUUGUGACAGACUGCCAGUUUCACUGGUCUCUCUCAACUAUUUCGAUUCACAGUUAUUGCCAAACUAAUAUUCAAUACAUAUUUCUUAACAUUUAUCCAAAAUACGAAUGGGGCUGUAACACGUUUAGUACAGUGUUGAUCGGUACAGUAGUGACACCCAUUCAGCGUGUCUUUAUUAAAGUUUGCUGUGACCUCCUUUGGAUUGAUCACAGUUCUCAACAGAUCGGUUUCAGUGUUUGGGGACUGUCCUCUUCAGCGCUACCUAGCAUGGCAGACAGCGCAGGGUUGUGCCAAUUGUGCUUCUCUGGGACUGUUUGUUUCACAGUGCAGGUGUAGUAUACCCUGUGGGAGUCUGGUGGGUGCCUUUGACCUCCUAUGUACAAUGUCUGUCUUGUAAGAAUAUCAAUGCAGUUCAAUGUUGAUUAGAUUUGGGGUCAGAUUAGCAAAGGCUGACUGGUAGCCUUUUUGUUGAAUGCUGCAGCUGGAAUUUGCUGCAGUUGGAAUUGUUUUUAAGCACGGGAUUGGGUGCAGGACAAGUGAACUGUGGUUUCCAGCCAUGCAAACCAACAAGGUGCUGGACUUGAAUGGUUUGAGAACUCCUUUUGCAUGUUUAAAAAAAAAAAACUCAGCCAGCUGCAGCAGCCACUUGUCCUGGUGCACAAAUAUUAGCGGUAGUAACAGUCGCUUCAGGCAGGGUUUGAGAAAGGAACCGUUUCUUGGCAACAGCUUGGAUCAAAUAUUUUCCAUGCCGCGUGGUUCUUUGUGCUUUUUGGCUUAUCUGAUCCCUCUUUGGUAAAACGGAAAUGAGAACAGCAUUGAUUGGAUAUUGAAAAUACAAGAACGCGCUGCACAAAGAGUCUAUUCACCUGAGACGGGCUCGUGUGCACACGCGUCAGCAGCUUGUUAUUUCAUUUUAAAGAGGGCAGUGGGGUAGAAGAUGGCCAGGUAUCUGAAGCACUUCACGGCAGUGGGUGAUGAUCACCACAGCUUCAACAAGUGGCACGAGGAGGAGUUCCACGAGGAGGCAGAGGAGCCGUCGCUGCACAACAUGGAGCACAGCCUCACCUUCCGCGACUCCCUGAGAAAACUCUUCAGCUCGCACAAGUUCCAGGUGUCUGUGGUGUGUCUGGUGAUUCUGGAUGCUGUCUUUGUGCUGUGUGAGCUGCUCCUGGACCUAGCCAUCAUUAAGCAAGAUGAGCACAAGAUAUCAUCUCAGGUGUUCCACUACCUGAGUUUAGCUCUGCUCACCUUCUUCAUGGUGGAGCUGUUUGGGAAGCUGUUUGCAUACCGGCUGGAGUUCUUCCACCACAAGUUUGAAGUGUUUGACGGCGUCGUGGUGAUCGUGUCCUUCAUCCUGGACAUCGUGUACAUCUCCCACGAGGACGCCUUCGAUGGAGUGGGCCUGCUCAUCCUGCUGAGGCUGUGGAGGGUGGCCAGGAUCGUCAACGGAAUUAUUGUAUCCGUGAAGUCUCAAGCACACCAUAAGGUAGAAACGCUAAAAGCGGCAAAUGAACAGCUUUCACAACAAGUCAACGAACUCCAGCAUCAUAAAGCUCACACGGAGAGUGAAAACCAGAGAUUACGCACUCUAUUACAGCAGAAUGGGAUUCGUUUCUAGAUGAAUUUACAAGUGCAUCAGAGUUCUCAGAAAGAGUGAAGGCAAUUCAAUCAGAAUCUAUCUUUUUGUACCUUGGGGAAUAACUUACACUCUGGGGAUCUCUUAAACUCUUUGCAAGGUCAAGUAUUCCUCUAUGAUUUUUUACAAAUGUAUUGAGGUCACUUUUUUUGGACAGUUCUGCACCAAGCUAUAUAUAUAUACACACUGAGGUUUUUUUUUUUUUUUGCAAUGCGGCUGACGCCAACACAUUCCUUUUUCGUUAAACUUGACAAUUUAAGAUACUAUUCUUGCCUUAAGUUUACUUACUGUUGCUGUCAGGAAUCAAUUUGUUUUUGUUACUGGAAUGUAGUGCUGUGGUUUUGAAGAAAAAGGGAUUUUGGGAGUACACCCUGUGUAAAUGUACCUGUCAUUGUCUCGGGUCAGCAUGUUACUGUGAUGUGUGAAGCUGUAUUGUGAGGGUCGACAGCAACUUGGUAUGUUUCUGAAAUAUCAGAGUUCUCUUAACUAAUGUGUUCUUGUUGUUUUAAAUUCACUUUGGAUCACAUUUUUAAAGAAUCUCUGUGGCCUCAAUAGAGCUCAGAAUCAUGUCUGACCUCGGAGUAUAUCUGGUACACAGUAUAACCAGUAAUCUGCCCCCUGGCAAUACUCUGCCCCCUAGUGAUGCCAGAACGCAUUAGUUAAGAUAACUCUGCUAUUUCACUUCUCUAAGUGCAAGUGUGUAAACCAGCACUGUAGAUAGUAUUAACAAUGCAAUAUAAUAGUCAGUGUUGCUGAGAAACAUCAUAACUAAACAUUUAAAAAGUGAAUCAAAUAUAUUUUAUUAAAAAUGUAUUUUAAAAAAAA